AUGUUCAAAUCCUCGAAAAUCAUCUCGUUAUCCGAGGCGGAGGCUAAAGUCAAAGGAUGGUUGGACAAGGAGAACAUACUAGGACACGGUGGCUAUGCCACCGUUUACAAGAUCACCGAAUUGCAUCCCGUCAAAAUGGUCCUCAAAUUGUUUUCAUCGGAAAAUUUGAACUGGCGAGAAUCCCUCGACAAAGAGCUUCGAACAUUACAAAACCAUAAGCACAAGCUCAUCGUGCAAUGCUUUGGUUACGUGACGAAGAGUGGGGAGGGAAGCGAAAAAAUCGGGAUCAUCAUGGAAAUGGCGGAGAGGCAAUCAUUGAAAGAGGUUAUCUUCAAUCCAAUCUACCAGUAUUCGAUCUACACGGUGAUUUGCUGGAUGGAGCAGCUCUUUUCGGCCUUGGAAUAUCUUGAAAAGAUCGGCCAAUUGCAUCGAGAUAUCAAGCCGGACAAUAUUCUUGUGCAAACCUUCUAUUAUCUCAUGCUCGCGGAUUUUGGCCUAGCCAGAUCGACCGGGAGUGCGGGCAAAGAGGGAGUCACAGGGCACUUUGUGGGCACCGAGAGGCAACUUUUCGCCCAAUUCAUUUAUGAUAACGGGAGUGGGCUGUUUUUCGGGUUAGACGAGCUGAAGACAGUUUUCCGCGACAAGGGCUCACUUGAGGAGGUCGAGACGUUGAGUUGCCCAAAAAUCAUCCGCGACCUCGUGUUGAGUUGCUGUCAUUUUGACCCUAACCAAAGGCCAACCGCUUCAGAAGUCACACGUACAUCGAGCGAAAUUCGAAAGGAGUUUGAAGAGAAAAACAUCCAAUAUGGCGGCUUUUGGCCAUUGAAUGAUGAGCUUGCGGUGGACGUCUUUAGGCCUCGUGGAUUCAAUGGAAAGAAUGAUCUUGUAGCUGUUGAAAAGAUUCAAGCAAGAGACGAUAGGAACGAUAGUAUCGAAAACCCCGCUUUGAGUCCAAAACAGCAACAGGUCUCCAAAAGAUCAAAACAUCUCCAAAAGAUCAAGAAAUUAUUGGAGCCAAGUGGCCAAAAACUAGAAUACAAGCCAAGAAAUCUCAAUCUCAUGCAAGCCUCCAUGCAGCACUCACAGCCAAAACUCGAGGUAAUUUUUGAUUUCAGCUUUGUCGGCUUGUACACAAAAGAAAUCGCUAUCUUUGAGUUCAGUGAGAAGAAUAGAUAUCGAGAUCUUUUUGAGCGAUUGACCGGCCAAGAUCUUGCCUAUUCUAUUGGCGGAAAGAAGCCCAUUCGAGCGAACACUUAUUUGCAACCACAUGUCGAGGUCAAGACGUUGGCAAAAUUUUUCGGAUUGAUUCACGAUUGGAAAAGAUUUAAUUUGUUCCCCGAUUAUCGCGAAAGAAUCAAAAGAGUCGCUAGCAAAUUGGAGAAGCUCAAAAAGACGUGCAAAAGAGUCAAGUUCUGGGUUUUUAAAACAAAAUAUAGCGAGGAAUGGUUGAAAUUGGGGGAAAUCUUUCAGAAGGGAAAAACACAUUACGUAAAGAAAGAUUUCAGUGAAACAAAAGAUGAUGGAGAGAUAAAUUUGGAGAAGAGUCACGUGGAAGAGAUCUCAAUUGAGCUUAUAAUCGAAAAAGCUAACGAACUUUGGAAAAAGGUGAAGGAGCCACUAUAUAGAUCGCACACCAUCGUUUCUGAAGUCGGUGGUCAAGAUCUCAAAUCAAAAGGCUACAUCUACGAGCUCACGCACGCCCCGGAGUUCAAAUGUGAAUGCACAGAGGUUAAAUGUCCGCUCAUUCGAGCUGCUUGCACUUUUAUUGCCCCACGAUGUGAACUUGAGAUCUUCUAUCCACAUUGCUCACAUGGACAAAGUGGCAUCUAUUCGUAUCUUUUCUACGAUUUCUCACACCUUGUUUACCUCUUCACAAAAUUGGAAGAUUUUAUGGAUCUCUGUGAGACCGUUGCUCAUAUUUACUAUUUGAAAAAGCAAGUGUUUACCCAAUACCCGUGCUAUUUUCAAUUUCUGUCGUUAAAAAGUGAAAAAGAAAAGAAAAAUGUUCUUGUGUUGGAUUUGUCACCGCUUCUUAACGGGAACGAGGAUGAAAUUGUGAAACUCCAGUGUUUAGACCCUGAAGCAAUGAAGCUUUUAAACUUGAAAGUCAGUAGGAGUACUAUUGAGCUCAAUCCUAAGCAUUUGAAUCUUUACACCUUCGAUCUACGAAAAUACGAUUAUAAAGAGCUAAUGCGGCAGUCAUUAAUGAAAUUUUCGAGAAAUUAUCGAAGUCGCCAAGAAAUUUGCCCGUUUUUCAAGUCCCUUGGAAUUUCGAGUGAUGAAAUCGACGAAUCUUUGGAUAUCGUUUCUCGUGUUUGUUUGGCAAUAUUCGAGUUUCAGUUUCCGGAUCCUAUGAUGGAAUUUAGCAAUGUCAAAAUCUGGUUGAAACGAAAAUUGGAGAAGACCUUAUUCAGUGAACUCUUGCAGGCAAGGUUUCAAAGGCAAGGAGCAGAAGUUGUCAUUGAUGAAAAUGGGUUUUUUGAAAAGCUUGCAGAUGUCUCUUUGGAUUUUGGAGACAUUAUGCCCUUGGUGGCGGGCCUCCCUGCAGCCAUUGGUGAAAUUCUGAAACUUGUGACAAAAGAGAGCAUCGAUCCGAGCAUUGAUCAAGAAAUUGUUAGCUCCUAUUUCUCCCUGAUCAAAGCCAUUGAGCAUCUCGUUUUCUUAAAGAAAUCCCUCGAAUCCCGGGAGUGCCCAACAUAUUUCCUCUUUGGAAUGUUAAGGAAAACGAAAGGCGAGCGAGUGUUUGUGCUCGAUUUUCUCGACUAUUCGCAAGUUUUCAAUGAAAGCAAUGGGGAUCCCACGAAAACGAUCAAAAUGCCCUGCAUGGAUGAAAAGCUAGACUUCUUCGAAAAAGAGAUAAGAAUCGGGGAUUUGGAUCUUCCAAAUCUUGAAGAACCACUAGAACUAAAAGAUUUCCUUUCGGAAAAAAUGCUUCAAAAUCUGUUAGCAAACUUUUCCGCAGCCUACAUUCAAUAUGACGAUGUUUGUAAUUUUUUGGCACAACUGAAAGUAAAAAGGAAUAAUUUGAAAGAAGCUCUUGAAAUGACCCAGAAGGUCUGUUUGGAUGUGUUCCACGAUGAAAAACUCUGUGAUUUAGCGAUCAACCGCUGUGAAAUCGGCAUUCUUGAAGACAAUUCCUCGGAAUUUCAAAAAAUUCUGAUCACUAAACUUAUGGAAUCAAUUGAGGAGAAAGUCCUCCAU